AUGAAUCCGAUAGACGCACGAGAAUUUUAGGUAUUAUAAAGUUAAUUUUUAAAUUGUCAUACGGAAGACUACUGAGAAUGGAAUUUAAAUUUCCAGGCGCUCGUACAGCAUCAAACCGAAUAUUCGCAUCACAUACUCAAUAUGGAUAAGACUGAACAAAUAUCGAGACGGAAAUGUAUGGUAGAAAACUGCAGGAACAUCGGCAUUAUAACAAGGAUCCUUCCAGACCACACGCUGGCAAUGGGCUUUGGUUGGCUGGACUUUUAUUUCUGAGUCAUGCUAUCAACGUAUGGAAUCGAGAUAAGGUGCCAGUUAGCCUUAACUACAAGCGAUCAACUAUUCUAUGUUUUGGAUUACUGCUGCAUUCAGUGGGCAUCUUCGUCUCACUAAGUAACCAAACUCGCCAGCGGUUUAUUGGGAAGCUGUUGUACGUAUUUUCCAGCCUUGGUUUAACCAGCUUCUUGCUUUGGAUCUGUUUAAAGGACAAUGUAGUCAUCAGCACAGUCAGUGCAAUUUUCGGAAUAAUUCUGUAUGAUCGAGUUUUUCUUCGAGUGCUGAAGCAAAUGCCCAAGUGUUUUACACUGGGCGAAGCUACACUCGUUUGCCAAGGGUUUACGAUUUUUGCAUACAAUGUUUUUCUACAAGUACCAAAGGUACUUAUUGAUAAGGAGCCAUCGCCGGAUCUCAAUAUAAUGCAUAUUGUGCUACAGGUUAUUCUUUUGGGGAUCUGUAUUAUCGUUGCCUUGUGCCAUCUUUUACCAAUGUUUCGGAAUACCAUCCUUUUCUACUUGCUGACUACAGUUAUUUCAACGUGUACAGCAUUGUUUCCCGUGUUUGGACAUCCUACAGUUGUUGUUUUGUUUAAGUUUGUUCUAAGUGACAUGGAACGGAUGCUAGUGAUCGCUCUCUACAUGUUCCUGCUUUUAGUAACAAGUGCUUUUGUUGUCUGGCAAAUCAAUCGUAAGACAAAUGCCAAUACGACAACGCGAAAAAUAUUCCAUAUUUUGAUUCUGCUAGUGUACCUUCCGGGACUAUGGUCUCAAUGCACGCUUCUUCAUUUAGCGUCUGGCUUGAUGCUGGGAAUGCUGCUCAUGUUAGAGACUGCCCGAGUUAUUCAACUGAAGCCUGUUUACCAAUCACUUGAUCAGGUCGUAAAGUGUUUCAUCGAUGAAAAGGAUGCAGGAAUGAUCGCACUCACACCAAUAUACCUGUUAGUUGGCUGCUCUUUACCUAUUUGGCUACAUCCUGUACCUUGUGAUCUCACAGAUUCUGGUGGAUUGAAUUUGCUAAAAUUGCUUGCUGGUGUUCUAUCGGUUGGAAUCGGAGACACAAUGGCAAGCGUAUGUGGCUAUCUGUUCGGUAAACAUACAUGGCCAGGAUCCGUCAAGUCCGUGGAGGGAACCAUAUCGAGCAUCAUAGGUCAGGCUGGUGUUGUUUUCCUGCUCUUCAGAUUUAGCUACGUUCAUUUGAACACAUUGAGAGCUGCGACUGCCGGUGCUGCAAUUAUUAUCAAUGCACUGGUUGAGGCUAAAACUAGUCAAGUAGAUAAUCUGGUGUUACCGUUAGUGACUUACGUCGUGCUCGGUACUGCAUAAUAAAACAUACAAUGCAAAAAAAAUUAAACAUCAUCUUCUUUGAUUUUUACACUGCAACUAAUUUAAGAGCUUUUUACGUUCCAAGCAUUGAAAAAAAAAAUCGUCCAAGAAAUAAGACAGUUCGUAAAAAAAAGU